AUGAAUUUCUUAUCUGUUAAGGGUCCGGAAUUAUUUUCGAAAUGGGUUGGAGAGUCUGAGAAGGCCAUCAGGGAUUUAUUCAGGCGUGCAAGACAAAAUGCUCCUUGCGUGAUUUUCUUUGAUGAAAUUGAUGCAUUAGGAGUAGACAGAGAAAGAGGAGAUGCAUCAGGUGUAGAGACUCGUGUCUUAUCUCAAUUAUUAACAGAAAUGGAUGGCAUAGGGCCCCACACCUCUGUAGUUGUAUUAGCAGCAACAAAUCGUCCUGAUUUACUUGAUGCUGCUUUGCUGCGUCCUGGUCGUCUAGAUCGUCUGGUGUAUGUACACCUACCUGAUGCAGCAGCAAGGCAGCAAAUCGUAUUUAAUCAUAUACGUCAUCUCCCUAUACACCCUGAUGCUGCUGCUGCUGCAGCGCAACAAAUGCAGCAACAACAGCAACAGCAACAACAGCAAAAUGCUGUACAGCAUACAAACCACAAAAGGGAAGACGGGCUUACUAAGGAGCUAGAAGAGGAGCAGCAACAGCAGCAGCAAGAGCAGCAAGAGCAACAAGAGCAGCAGCAGCAGCAGCAAAAUGACACUGCACAGCAGCAGCAGCAGCAGCAACAGCAGCAGACUGAGCGUCUGCCGGCAGUGCAGCUGCGGCACUUUGAGACCGCGCUGCAACGCAUGCAGCCCCGUACCCCACAGUCUCUGCUGCAGCUAAGCGGCAGCAGCAGCAGCAGCAGCAGGGGGGCCCAUGAGGCAAUGCGGCUGCAGCAAGUCGCAGGGAACGCCGAAAUUUGUCAGAAUACCCUUUAG